AUGAUAGUGAUAAAUAGUCAACUAAAUAAGCAUAUAGAAAUUUACAAAGACUGGCUAGGUUAUGAUGUCAAUUUGCUUAAAAAGAUAUUAAAGUUAAGAGAGUCACCUUGUCAACCUUCACUUUGGUUUUUAUCACCUAAUUAUACUCAAUUGGCUACUAAAACUUUCUCGAUUCCUAUUGCUAUUUUUGAAGAGAAAAAUAAACAGAGCAU